AAUUUCCAACAACUUUUAUCUAUUUGUUGCAUUGUGCCUAUUCGAUUGUUAGCCAAUCAAUCUGUUGAGAAACCCGACAUACGAUCCAGGCUUGCAGUCGACCAUAUAAGUUGUACAUCAUUAGUGGGGGCACAUUCUGUUACUCCAUUUCUCUUGUGCAUCAGGGUUUCUUAUAUGGCUGUUGUUGCUGAUUUCAGUCACCUUCACCUUCUCACAGGCGGUUUCUUAUAUGGCUGUUGUUGCUGAUUUCAGUCACCUUCACCUUCUCACAGGAUGCUGCUCAGCUAGGCAGAUUCACCUUCACCUUCUGUUACUCAAUUUCUGCUUGCCUUCAUUAUUACUCAUACUCUUUUUUGUUUUUUAUUUAAAUACUUAUAAAUAAGCAGUACAUAUGUGAGUAUAAAGCAGGGAUACUCAUAAAUAAGCAGUACAUCGAUAGUUAUGUGGUACAACAUAAAAAUAUAAUUAUGUAGUACUAAGUCAUGAAAAAAUAAUCCCAACUCCAAGGAUGUUACCGAUGAUAUUUUCUUUGUUGCUGCAAUUUAUAUUAUGACAUAUUAUCUUGAAGUAUAAAGCAGGGAUAUUGGUUUCUUCUCUUGAAUACAAAUGGGCUAUAGUUGAUAAAAUUGAUUAACUGAUUUGUGACUAUGAAGCUGACUGAUUUGUGUUUCCUUGUUUUGUUGGCUUCACGGAGUGUCCUUUUGAUCUUAAAGAAGCAAUAUCAAGUAUCUGUUUUGCUGCUCCAAGAUGUGCAGAUCUACUAAAACUGUUACAACUUAAAUGAUCUUUGCAACUAAAUAUGGGAAGGAAUUUGUUGCUGCAGCUUCAGAGUUGAUGCCUGAUUGCGGGGUCAAUCGUCAGGUUAUAUGACACUUUGAAUUUGAACUAAUUUAACCUUGUGCAGAUAAUUGAACUACUCUCUGUCCGUCCUCCUAUUGAUGCAAAGUUGAAACUGAUGAAAGAAAUAGCUGAGGAACAUAUUCCUGUAGUGCACUUUGAAUAGAAGCCCUAUUUCAAUUCCAUCCCAAAAAUCUGAUUCUUGUUGCUCUUUGGACAGGCUGGUCAGUUGCAUCUUGUGAAACCAUAUAUGGUUGCAGUUCAGAGUAACAAUGUCUCUGCCAUGAAUGAAGCCUUGAAUGAACUUUAUGUCGAAGAUGAGGACUACGAGAGACUCCGUGAAUCAGUUGACAUGCAUGACAACUUUGACCAGAUUGGUCUUGCCCAGAAGCUUGAGAAGCAUGAAUUGCUGGAGAUGAGGAGGAUCGCCGCCUACAUUUACAAGAAGGCUGGCAGGUGGAAGCAGUCGAUUGCUCUAUCGAAGAAAGACAACAUGUACAAGGACUGCAUGGAGACAUGCUCACAAUCUGGCGACCGUGAACUGUCAGAGGACUUGCUCGUGUAUUUCAUUGAGAAGGGUAAGAAAGAAUGUUUUGCUUCUUGCCUCUUCAUUUGCUACGACCUGAUCCGGCCGGAUGUCGCUCUUGAGCUUGCAUGGAUGAACAACAUGGUGGACUUUGCCUUCCCGUACCUGUUACAGUUCAUUCGUGAAUACACUAGCAAGGUGGAUGAUUUAGUGAAGGACAAGAUCGAGUCGCAGAAGGAAGAAAGAGCUAAGGAGAAGGAGGAGAAAGACCUUGCGGCUCAGCAGAACAUGUAUGCGCAGCUGCUUCCUCUCGCUUUGCCAGCGCCGCCAAUGCCUGGCAUGGGUGGCCCUCCACCUCCGAUGGGUGGAAUGGGCAUGCCUCCCAUGGCCGGGAUGGGUAUGCCGCCGAUGGGUCCUGGUCCGAUGCCAGCAUUCGGAAUGGGAGGCUACUGAAUUGUGGUUUUGCAGGGAGCUUAGAUGAUGAUGUGAAUUGUUCCAUUGCAAGCAUAAGUGGAACCUCAUUGGAGCUGUACAUGGUUUACAGUUUGGGAAAUCAAUAUUCUUUAUUGUACCAGGAAUUUUUUUUGGGUGAGUCAGUGAAAUCAGCCUGACCCAUAGUUUGAGAAGCGGAACCUAUGAUAUGUUUUACAAUGGGAUCGGAAAUAGGAUGAUUAGGUUGUUUCAGCAUGAGCUAUUGAAAGCUGGUACCAUGUGUAUGUAUAGUGGUGUGAUAAAAUCUUUUGCGUGUCGAUAGACAAAUGUAUGUUUCUUUGUUA